GGCACACCCUCGUGUCACGCUGCGGCGUUCAGCCUAUCACACGGCGCGCGCGGCCAAAUAAAGGCGUGCAGCUGUGUCCAGGGGAGGCUCCUCCCCUGGCUGUGUCCCUUGAGGCAUAAAUGCUGCUGUAGACUGUACGUAAGAUACAGUACCGUGUACAUUCUGCAUGAAAUUACCCUUCAGACGCCCAUAUCGCAAACUUCAGUGCCCACACCUGCAUCUAUCACACGACACGACACCCGCUGGCUGCUUCUUGUCACUGGCUGUCAUCGCCGGAGCCCCGACAGCGCAUUGCGCGCUGCUCUCAGAAAGUAGCAACGACAGAUGCCAUAGCCGCACAAGUGGGGGCCUGCGGAUCGGUGCACAGGUGCAUGAUGCAUCGAGUCUUUCCACUUUACACAGGUUUGGACCGCGACAUAGGCCAUGCAAGUGGCAUAAGUAUAGCCACACAUAAUAUUUGACAGGCACGGCCAUGCUACUUGAACCUGUACAUCAACUCCAAUGCGCUGCUCACGCUCACUCCUGAAAGCCGCAAUAUGACGCUUUUAAGCGCACGUACCUUCGGCCCUGCAAAACAAACUGGCGCUGAGCUCGCCAGGCACCCGGCUCCCCAGCUGGUUCACGGCCCUUGUGCCCGGCAUCGGCCCUGGGCCCUCGGUGCUCGCCUAUCCCUCGCGCGGCCGGCCGUAGCCUCUCCCCAUGCCGCAGCAGACGCCUAUAUUGAUGAGUAUAAGCUCGCGGGACUUGAUCUCGCGGAUGAGGCGCAGCAGCAGCUGCGAUCCUGGUAUCUACAGGAGCUGCUGCGCCAGGAGGAACAGCGGCAGCAGCAACUGCUGGCUGCAAUGACUCCACCGGCCACGGCUGCUGCUACUGCUGCUGCUGCUGCUGCUGCUGAAGGCGUGACAGGUCCAAGGAUGAAGGAGCUUCCCGCGGCUCCUGUGAGCUCCAGGACCACCAAUGCCAAGGUCACCCUCCUGUAUGACCUGGAAGCAAUCAAGCCCUUCACGCAACAAGCCCCGUCAGCCGCCCCCUCCCUCUCUGACACCGCCUCGCAUGCUGAUACCCCAGCCAGCGCUAGCGCCGCCGCCGCUGCCAGCUCCAGGGGCGGCGGCGCCGGCAGUGCUCGCGGCGGCGGCCAGUCCCGCCUGGCGGCGGCUGGUCUGGUGCCCAGCUCCUCACCAGACCUGGUGGCCGCCCUGGACCAGCUGGUCCGGACGCUGGCCGAGUACGGUGCCGUACACGCGGUGCAUCUGUUCCUGCGGGAGAGCACACUGGCCAAGGCGCCGGCGCUGAGGAAGCAGGUGCAGCAGCUGUGCACCUGGGUGGAGCCCGAGGAGCUGCUGGCGGGGGCAGCAGACCCGCCCGCAGCAGCGCGUGGAGCCGCCAGCCGCCGCCCCCCUAGCACCUCCCCCUCCUCCUCCUCCUCCUCCUCCUCCCUGAGGACAAGCACCACCAGCACCAGCAGCAGCGGCAGCACCAGCAGCAGCAGCGGCGGCGCUGCCGCCGCAGCUGCCCCCGCCACGCCCCACGACUGCCCGCUCUGCCGCACCUGCUGCGCCACCCGGCUGGACCUGCUGUCCCACUUCGCCACCACACACCAGGCCCCGGUGCUGGCCGCCACAGCCGCCGCUGACCCACGGGCCCGCAUCAUGUGGACGCGGGGGCGGCCGCUCAGCCUGACGCUGCCGCAGCCCAUGGAGGCGGCGGAGGCGGGGGCGGGGCAGGCGGGCGCGGGGCAGGCGGGCGCGGCGGCUGGGCAGCAGCUGCAAGUCAGCCCACAGGACUUUGUGUUUGCCCGCGAGGCACUGCAGCGCGGCCGCUACCUCGACCCCCUACUGGCCGCAGCACCGCCCACCACCCUCAGCAUAGCUGCCGAUCAGCUACAGCCACCGACACAGGCACAGCACGGCCCGCUACAGCCACAGCACGGCCCGCUACAGCCCAGUCCGCAGCACCGGCUGCAGCAGCACCGGCCGCAGCAGCGACCGCAGCAGGAGCAGCAGCAGCAGGCGGUGAGCCCGGAUGAGGCUCUGGGCGGGCCGGGUCUGUUUCUACACGUGCUGCCGGCCGGGCAGCCGGGGUCGGCGCUGCCUGGAGCCCUGAUGCGAGUGGCGCAGCGGCUGGCGCAGCAGGCGGAGGCGGAGGCGGAGACACUGCUGCCGGCCGCCGCCGCCGCGGGGCAGGCGCCGCGGCGGGGGCGGGGCGCGCUCUUGCGCGGGCGCGGCGCGGGGCGGCGCCUGGCGAUGGCGGAGGCGGCGGCAGCGGGCGCGGGGCCGCCGCGGUACCUGUGUGUCGUGAGUGACGGCGAGGAGCUGGACCAGGCUGUGGCGUCACUCAAGCGCCCGGGUGUGGGUGUGAUCGCGGUCACUCGCACAACGCGUGUGCCGUCCGCGACCGCCACUCUCAGGUGGUGGGCGGUGCAGGGCGGCGAGUAUCGCUUGCGUCGGAAGCAGCUGGACAACUCCUCGAAAGCGGGAAAGGCCCGUCAGUUCUACAUGAUUGCUCCAAAGCUCCUGAAACCAUCGCCGCCACGACUGCAUGCACGCUCGGCGCGAGUUUGUGUGACUGCACAAAUGCGCAAGUAUGAACUCAAGCCGGUCGCGGCUGCCAAGAGCGUGGCGAUCAUCGGUGCAGGCCUAUCCGGCCUCGUGGCGGCAAAGAGCGCAUUGGAGGCUGGCAUGCUGCCAACGCUCUUCGACCGGCGCGGGUCAAUCGGUGGCAUGUGGAGCACGGAGCGCUCGGGCAUGUAUGACUCUCUGCACACGAACGUGUCGCGCUACUCGUGUGUGUUUUCGGACUUCCCCUGGCCCGAGGGCGCGCCGGACUUCCCCACCCCUGGCGAGCUAGGGGCCUACCUGUCCGCCUACCGCUCCACCUUCCUGCCCCCCGACAAGUGCCCCGCACAAGUGGGCGUCGAGGUCCUGAGAGUGGAGCCCGCCGGCUCCCCUGGCGGCGACGGCGGCGGCACGGGUGCCAAGACAGGCUGGCGUGUACAGUGGCGGCCCUUGUCCCCCGACGCAGACGGCAGCCCUUCCCCCAGCACCUGCGGCCACGACACACACGACAAACAGGAGCAGCCGCCAAUCCAGAGCGCGGAGUUUGACGCCGUCAUCAUCGCAUCCGGCUACGCAGCGGUCCCAGCGGUUCCCGACAUCCCCGGACUCGAGGCCUUCGCGGGCAAGGUGGUCCACAGCCUGCACUACAAGAACCCACACGAAUUUGCCGGGCUCCGUGUGGCUGUCAUCGGCGCAGGGCACAGCGCCCUCGACAUUGCCUCAGACCUGGCGCUAGCCAGCGCCGCCUGUGCGCCGCCUUCUGCGGCGGCGGAGGCGGAGGCGGCUCCGGCGGCGGCUGUAGGCCCAGCGGGUGUGGUGCACGUGUUCCCGCGGCCCAUGUGGGUCACGCCGCGCUACCUGCCCGACAGCAGCGCCGCCGCCGCCGCCGCCGCGAGUGGCACCGCCGCCGCCGCCGUCGCGCCGCCGCCCGCCUUCCUGCCGCUUGACAUGCAGUUCUACCGGCGUUCGCGCCGGGCGGGUCCGGAGGAGGUGGCCGUGCCCAAUGCGGCGCAGCGGCAGAAGGGCAACGGCUUCUGGGCCAGCAUGUGCGGCGACCAGGGCGCCCUCAUCUCGCCGCUACACGCCAUCGCUGCCGACACCACCGAGCCCCCUGUCAUUGGCAUCUGCGACUCCUACGUCCCCCUCGCCGCCACGGGCGCCAUGCACCUCCGCUGCGCCCGCCUCCUCCGCAUCACCGGCCCCUCCACACUCGAGCUGUCAGACGGCGGUCCGCCGCUGUCCGACAUAGACGCACUCGUACUGGCAACGGGCAUAAAGCCGGAUCUGUCGUACCUGCCGCAUGACGUACUGGAGAAACUGUCGUACACGCCGGACGACAACUACCUGCCGGUGGCGGCGCACCGCGGCGUGACGCACCCAGACGUGCCGGGCCUGGCGUGUGUGGGCAUGUACCGCGGCACGUACUUCGGAGCCGUGGAGCUGCAGGCGCGGCUGGCGGCGGCGACGCUGUCAGGCCGGGCCCCGCCGGAGCCGGAGGAGGUGGUGCGGGCGGGUGUGGCCGCUGAGCUGGCAAUCCGGGAGCAGACCCCGCGGCCAGUGCUGCCGCACGGUGACUAUGUGGGUCACACUGGCGGCAUGGCGGCGGCUCUGGGGGUGCUGCCAGACGCCGCCUGGCGUGCCGCACACGACCAAGUGGUGCCAGGCGACUUCGGCCUCGUGCCGCCAUCCUGGGAGCAGCAGGAGCAGCAGGCGGGCACGCAGGCCGCGAUGGUAAAGGACGCGGCAGCAGCCGCGGAGGCAGCAAUGGUGGCAGCGGUAAAGGAGGCCCCUGCCGGGGGGGAGCAAGGAGGAGGCGAGCCGGCGGGACACGUGGUUGUGGCUGGCCGGCCGGCGGCGGCGUACGCGGCCGCGGCGGCGGCGGUGGCUGAGAGUCACGCCUCCCUGGCGCGCUUUGCCGGGGGUCGCAUGGUGGCUCGGGCCGUGUUUUACGCCCUGGCGGGCAACUGGCGUCUGCGCCGCACCCUAGUCAGCCGGAUGGAGAGCUCGCCCUCCGGCGUGGUGACAGGCGCGGCCUCCUUCCUGCCCAAGCGCCCUGAUGCUGACGCCGCUGCCAACGGCAGCGGCAGUAGCAACGGUAGUAGCGGCGGCAGUAGCAGCGGCGGCGGCAGUAGCCGUGUCCGGUUGGGUUCGAUGCCGUUCCAGUACCUGUACCGGGAGCAGGGUCAGUUCGCAAUCCAGGGCAGCGGCAGUAGCAGCGGCAGUAGCAGCGGCAGCGGCGGCAUCAGCAGUGGUGGCGCCGUGAUGCGUGUGAGCAAGGAGUAUGUGUACCGGUACGACAGUCCGUCAGACCGGCUGGACGUGUUUUUUGCGGAUGCGCACGGCGUGCCCGGCGGCUUCUUCCACUCCCUCCGCUUCCUGGCCCCUGCGGAGGGCGCCCCCGGCCCGCAGCACUUCCAGCGGGAGGAGGAGCCAGCCGCCGACGACGCCGCCGACGACAGCGGUUGUUGGCGGGCGGUUGGUGAGCACCUGUGUGUACGGGACAUGUACUACAGCUCGUACCGGUUCUGGUUCCAGGGCGUGCAUCUGAAGAAGUUCCAGAUCCAGUUUGUAGUGCAGGGCCCCAACAAGGACUACACCUCCACAGCCACCUACACGCGGCAGUGAUGGGUGGGGGGUGGAGGGAGUAGGAGAUGAGGGAGGCGGAAGAAGUUGAGGCGUUGGCGACGCGGGGUGCUGCAUGCACUGCUGCAGUAGUGGGGUAAUGGAGAGACACGUGCGGCACACGGAUGCAUGGUAAUGGGCAGCGCAGGGCGCUGGCGCUCAGGGGUGCCUUGAGGGGUGCUCACGCUUGUGAAUUGUGACCUUUUCGGAUGUGACUUGCACAUUAGUGUCGUAAAUGGAAUGCAGAUUGGGCACUGUGGUUCGCAUGGCGCAUGAAGGCUUACGUAGGAUUGUUGAGUGAGCGAAACCAACCGCGCUACCUAGAUAUGUAUAUAUAUAUAUUGUGUACUUCAUAACUCCGCCAUCCGCUCUGGUCUACGUACGCAUUAGUUUCCACACCACUCGUCAUUAACUCCCUGGUGGUGCACCGCGUGAAGUGCACAGAGUCACAGAGUGCACGUUGUGGCGCCCUGCGGGCUAGCAGCAUCUCCGGCCUGUAUCUGUGAUUGACGGCCGCGUGCGGGCCUGUAACCGGGUAGGGCGGGUUACGGACCAGUCUGCAUACAGUCUGUGAGGCUGUCGUGCGCCUACAGCGCCACUAGCUUUGGCCAGGACCAUGGAGCAUGGGGAGUGAUGAGUUCGGUGUGUGUGAGUGUGUGUGUGUGUGUGUGUGUGUGCACCAUUCCCACACUUUCCCAGCGCAGCAAGGAACCAGAGCGGUGCCGGGCGGGCCCAACGAUUAGGCCCCAAAACUUCAUUGAGUUGGUCACGAGGCAUGAGGGUCACGAGCGUCUGCGUGACGCAAAGGCAGGGAUUGAAUGAUUGUGGUCGAACCCGCGUCCCAACAGUCAUCAGCACCAAAGCCAUUGCAACUCUUCCUCCCCCGUACCGCAGCCGACAAUCACCGCCUGUAAGGCUGUAACCAU